CCCCGUCAGUCUGUUUGGAUUAUUGUAACAGCUCAGGCCUCUCACAUGCGCUCCCCUCUCUGCCCACUGCACACACUAUAUCAGAGAUGAGAAGGAUUAGGUGACAGAGAGCAGCGUUUGUUUUCACCCCAGAGAGGAGAAGAGAGGAGAGCAGCCAUGGAGUUGAAGGUGCAGGGUAAGAGGAAGAGGGACUCCUAUGUCAGAGUUUUAGGAUGGCCAGUGAAGGCUCCACUAUUCCCAGCCCUGUCGUCCGCCAGAUUGACAAGCAGUUCUUGAUCUGCAGCAUAUGUCUGGACCGCUACGAAAACCCUAAAGUAUUGCCCUGCCUACACACCUUCUGUGAGAGGUGCCUGCAGAAUUACAUCCCUGCCCACAGCCUCACACUGUCGUGCCCCGUGUGCCGCCAGACCUCGAUCCUGCCGGAGAAGGGUGUGGCGGCAUUGCAGAAUAACUUCUUCAUCACCAACCUGAUGGACGUGCUGCAGCGGGCGCCGGACAGCUGCAGCCAGGAGGCCGCCGCUCUCAACAACAUCACCACCGUGGCUACAGGCCAGCUGCUCUCCUGCCCCAACCAUGGAGGCAACGUCAUGGAGUUUUACUGUCCUCCGUGUGAGACUGCCAUGUGUCAGGAGUGCACCAGUGGCGAACAUGGAGAACACCCGACUGUGCCUCUCAAAGACGUAGUGGAACAACACAAGGCCUCGUUACAGGACCAGCUGGACUCUGUCAAGAAGAGGUUGCCAGAGAUCGACUCAGCCCUGCAGACACUGUCAGAGAUCCUGCAGCAGCUGACCAGUCAAAAGAGCUCCAUUGAGGACGACAUCCACACAACCUUUGAUGAGCUGCAGAAGACUCUGAAUGUCCGCAAGAGCGUUUUACUGAUGGAGCUGGAAGUCAACUAUGGCCUCAAGCAGAAGGUGCUCCAAGCCCAGCUGGACAGCCUGCUGCAGGGCCAGGAGGGCAUCAACAGCAGCUGUAACUUCACUGAACAGGCCCUGAGCCAUGGCACCGAGGCCGAGGUGCUGCUGGUGAAGAAACAGAUGAGCGAGCGUCUCAUUGAGCUGGCCAGCCAGGAGCUUCCUCUGCAGCCCGGGGAGAAUGACCAGCUGGACUUCCUCGUGGAGACAGAGGGACUAAAGAAGUCCAUCCACAACCUGGGCACUAUUUUAACGACUAACGCCGUGGCCUCUGAGACUGUGGCCACAGGUGAAGGGUUACGACACUGUGUGGUGGGGGUCCCCACGUCCAUCACCAUAACCACUAAGGACAAAGAUGGAGAGCUGUGUAAGAUGGGCAACGCAGUCAUCACAGCUGACAUGUCCUCAUCUGACGGUAGCAAAGGUGAAGGGGAGAUACUGGACAACAAGAAUGGCACUUACGAGUACCUGUUCUCAGCUCCUAAAGAGGGGACUUUUAGUUUAUCACUGCGUCUGUAUGACCAACAUAUCAAAGGAAGCCCCUUUAAGAUAAAGGCCACCAAAUCCAUAGAUGUGUCACCAACUUCAGACGGCAUCAAGAAGAGGCUGAAGUCUCCGGGCAGUGGUCACAUCAAGCAGAAGGCCAUCAAGAGGCCGGCCAGUAUGUACAGCACAGGGAGGAGGAAAGAGAACCCAAUCGAGGACGACCUCAUCUUCAGGAUCGGCACAAAGGGAAGAAACAAAGGAGAGUUCACUAAUCUGCAGGGAGUGGCUGCCUCUUCUCUGGGAAAGGUCCUGAUAGCAGACAGCAACAACCAGUGUGUCCAGAUUUUCUCCAACGAUGGCCAGUUCAAAAGCCGCUUUGGCGUGCGAGGCAGGACUCCGGGUCAACUGCAGCGACCGACGGGGGUGGCCAUCCACCCAAAUGGUGACAUCAUCAUUGCAGACUACGACAACAAGUGGGUCAGCAUCUUCUCAAGUGAAGGAAAGUUUAAGAACAAGAUCGGCUCAGGGAAGCUGAUGGGCCCUAAAGGCGUGUCGGUGGACAGGAACGGCCACAUCAUCGUGGUGGACAACAAGGCCUGCUGCGUCUUUAUCUUCCAGCUCAACGGCAAGCUGGUCACCAAGUUCGGUAACCGUGGCAACGGCGACAGGCAGUUUGCAGGUACACUCAAUGGGCCUCACUUUGCUGCUGUCAACAACAACAAUGAAAUCAUUGUGACAGAUUUCCACAACCACUCAGUCAAGGUGUUCAACACAGAAGGAGAGUUCUUGUUGAAGUUUGGUUCUAACGGCGAGGGCAACGGCCAGUUCAACGCCCCCACAGGAGUGGCAGUGGAUGUCAAUGGAAACAUCAUAGUUGCAGACUGGGGCAACAGCAGGAUACAGGUGUUUGAUGGCAGCGGUUCGUUCCUGUCUUACAUCAACACAUCAGCAGACCCGCUGUACGGCCCGCAGGGACUGGCUCUCACCUCUGAUGGACAUGUUGUGGUUGCAGAUUCUGGCAACCACUGCUUCAAAGUCUACCGCUACCUGCAGUAGCCCCUCUCUCUCAGCGCACAAAACUGUACAGUGUAUAUACACACACACAGACACACACGUACACAGAGACACAUGCACUCAUUAGUAUGGAGCGACCGGCAGAUUUGCACUCAUCUACUCACCCAUUCCUCCUUGAAUCAUGCUGUCGUUGUGCCAUCUGUUUGACUGUGACAUUCUGUUUGACCUCAGACGCUGAAGAAACAACAGAGGGAAUAAUUUGUGGUUUGAAUGAAGUGAGAGGAUGUGUGAUACUCACUGGCGGCUGCCACUGAUUGGUGCAUUCAUAACCUUGUUCACAUUCCAUCUGAAUCACACCGAUUUGAAAAAUAAAACUUUAGUAUUGUAAAUAUGUUAGAUAUUUGAUUUGCUGUGACAUGGCAGGAGAACUGGAAAAUGCACUUGUUUCUAAACAUACUGGUUGGACACUGUGUUAAGUGAGAUUUAAAUUAAAGUAAAGACGUACCUUAGUCACCUGAAAAUGAAUGGGGAUUCUAUUUAUAGCUCCAGUGACUGCAGCUUCCUGUUAAACGCUCUCAAGAGUCCUCACAUUUUGCCUGUUCACUAUAAAAGAAAAUAUUCCACCUACUGUAGGUAGCAGGGUAUUUUAGAGCAUGAUUAGGCAUCUCUGUGCAUGUUUUUACUAAUAAACACCAGAAAAACUAUUGUGCACAAUAUAUUAAUGUUUUAAGCUGACACUUAACAAAACCACCAAAAUAAACUUUAAAUGGAAAAACCGUUUCAAUUACAAUACUUCUAUCUCUGUGUGGAAAUGACUAGUCGAUCUAAUUUGUCAUCAUUUUAAAUAAACACACACGUGGUUAUCACAGUAUGCAGAUAACUUCUCCUGAAUUGGUUUUUACAAACAAAACAGUGUGUUUGUGUGUGCAAGACAAGUGUGAUUGUGUGUAUGUGUGUGUUGUUAUCAAUUAAGGUAAAAAACAAAAACAAAAGCCACUUGAUAUGUUGUCUUACAAAUCUGCUGUGAUUAUGUGCAAACAUCUUAAAACUAGUUGUAGAAUUUGAAUUAACAGCAGAAAUGGUGGAAAUAAACUCAUCAGUGAAAAGGUUUGUUCAUCAUGCUGCAGUGCAGGGUGAAUCAAAAGUCAGACACGGAGCUGCGAUCACCUUCACUCCUUGUCAUGUGCUCUUAUGUCUUUCAAAGAAAUCUGUAGGACUACUAAUAAGUUGUAUUUUACUAAAAACAAAUUGUCUAUCCUCAAAAAAAUGCAAUAUGUAGUUGAACAGUUGAGUUGUGUGUUGUAAAAAAAAAAGCACUGUGCUCCUCUUAGAAAGCCUUAGUCAAAAUUCAUUUGUCUCCAAGCACACAGUUUUCAGCAAUUUGGUCAUCGAUUUUCUACACAAUCCUAGUAAAUUAUUUGUUUUCCAUUGUCUUGUUUAUAUUUGUAAUGCCAAAUGGAAUUAAAGUGCCCAUAGGAAAGAA